CUCACCAAACAGGCACUCGUGUGGAUCAGCAGCCUGGACUCACUGCACACCCACUGCACAGAGAGCUGCAGCACAGAGAGCUGUUCUAUUUCCUGCACACACACAGUACACGGAUAUAUGAUGCAUCAUACUUCUUCAGCAGUUUAAAACUCAGUCUAUUCUUUCUUCCACCCACAACAACACCUGGGACUGAAUCUAUUUUCUGCACAGAGACCUCAGCGUUUGUUCCAUCGUCCACAGGAUGCAUAUGAAUAGCUUAUUAAAUCAAUGGAUGGACAUCUCCAGGAUGUGUGAUGUGGAUGUGUCCCCAGAGCCCACCAGUCCCACCCUGUACGGGGAGUCUUCAGACAAGUACUACAAUGUGGACCGCUGGCAGAAGCUCCGCACCGCUGUCCGCAAACUGGAGUUCUGGGAAAACUUUACUGCCGAGCUAAUCGGAAGUGGCUUUUUCUCCAAAGUCUAUAAGGUGAUGCACAGCACCAGUCGGAAGGUGAUGGUGGUGAAGAUCUACAAAAAUGACGUGGACCAGGACAGCAUCGUACGAGAGAUCAGCCUCUUGCAGAAACUCUCCCACCCCAACAUCGUCAGAUAUCUGGGAAUCUGUGUCAAAGAAGACAAACUGUAUCCUAUCUUAGAGUACGUCAACGGUGGCUGUCUGGAGGAGCUUCUGGCCAGGAAAGAUGUUCCCCUGUGCUGGAGAGAGAAGGUGGACCUGGCCUGUGACAUAAGCAGAGGAAUGAUCUACCUGCACUACAAGAACAUUUACCACAGGGACCUCAACUCAAAGAACUGUCUGAUCCGGGUGUCGUCUCGGGGACGGGAGGCCCUGGUGACGGACUUUGGCCUCGCCCGGGAGGUGGUGGAUCUGCCAGUUAAAGAUCCCGGCAGGAAGCUCUCAUUGGUGGGCUCAGCCUUCUGGAUGGCCCCUGAGAUGCUCCGAGGGGAGCCAUACGACCGCAAGGUGGAUGUUUUCUCCUUCGGCAUCGUGCUCUGUGAGAUCCUGGCCAGGAUUUCUGCUGACCCAGAGAUUCUACCCAGGACACAGGACUAUGGGCUGAAUGUGAACACAUUCAAGGAGAUAGUGAGCGACUGUCCUCAGCGUCUCCUGGACUUGGCAGCCAGCUGCUGUAUGUUGGAGCCCUUCAGACGGCCGGCCUUCACAGAGCUGCUGGAUGAGCUGGGUGAAGUCGCUGAGACCCUCGAGCCACCGCCCAAAUCUGACCUGAGCACGAGCUGAGCGGUCCAUCAGGAAACCCCACCUAUUCAGCAUCAGGACCGGAGGGUCUGAGGUUAAUCGCCACUGUCUUGAGAGGAAACUGGACUGAAUCUGAGUAAAGACAACACCCAGUCGGGUGUUCAGGCCUCUCUGGCUUCACUCUCUUCCACUGCACAACACAUGACCACGGUGGAUCGUGACUUCACUGAGGUGGUGCAGAUAUACAGAUUUAGAUGUGUUUUCAGUGGAAACUAUCCUAACUUCUCAUGGACACUAUGCUUUACAUAUACAGUAAAUAGCAGUAAGGCUUGUAGGAGUGAAUAUAGAGUACGUUCUGGUUUUGUUUGUUUGUUUUUGCUGACGUCUUACUUGACUAAAGUGUUAGUCUGUUUUCCUUCCUGUGUUUCUGCUUUUCUUUGUUAAAUAUUUUUUCUGUAACCAACGAGACAGACGAUUGAGUCUGUUGAUGUAUUUUCUGCCUCCUCUGUGUGCUUCUGCAGCCCUGGACUCUGCUCUUCAACAGGAAAUUGCAUUUGUUGACUGAGUGAGAAUGAAAAUGCGCUGCUCUCUACUGGGACAUUGACAAAGGAAUCGCCUGACAUGAGAUAUAUUUGAUGGGACUAAAAGGUUUUCCAGAAAGCACAACAGCAGUGGAUCAACACACAGGACUAAGGAAAUGAGCUGAAGAGAUUAUUAGUUAUUUUUUAUAUGUUCUGAAUAGUUGAACUUAAGGCAAAAACUUCAAACAUGCCGUCAAACUUUCAGGUUCACAGUUAAUAUUCAUGUUGGUAUCAUUUUAAGCUAUUUAUUAUUUCCAUAAAAGUGUAUUCAUUAAUGAAAGCCUCCAACAUAUCAGCUUUACAGGAACAAAGAAGAAAAAUCUUUAGGUUAUUGGACCCUUUACUUAGCAUGAUGACUUUGUAUUUGGAUGAUGUUUUCUCCAAAGAACCAUUUCUCAACAUGAAAUCACAAAAAACAGCCAUUUCUCAUCUGCAUUUACAGUUCAAUGUCCUCAUCUUUAUUCUGCUGUAAUUUUUCUGAAUAUAUGUGUUAACUUUGAGUUCAGCAAGCGUGUAAAUAUUUCUGCCUUUCUCUUUUUGCUCACAACAUUUGUUGUUUUUUUAAAUUCUGCGAACUGAUAGGGAUUGGAAGUGUCCACAUUCUCUCAAGUUUACCAGUUCUGACUAAUUUCUGGUUUGUGUGUGGUCUCACAGUGAUUUUUCAGGCAGCUACAACACAAAAUUAACUCAGACAUGCACCUUUCAGUUACUGCCCCUAUUAAAGGGUCAGUGUGUAUGAUUUCAGGGGAUCUAUUGGCAGAAAUGGAAUAUAAUUUUAAUAGUUGUGUUCUCGCGAGUGUAAACUAUUGUUGUAUAUUUGUUACCUUAGAAUGAGCCAUUCAUCUCUACAUCCGGAGAGCAGGUCCUUUUAAUGGAGUCCGUCAUGUUGCACCUCAGCAAAUACCAGACAAACUGCAAACUAAACACUGACCUGAAGGUCACCGUAGGUUUUACACGCUUAAAAAACAGGGUGUAUUCAGCUUUACAUUACAUUACAUUUAAUUUAGCUGACGCUUUUAUCCAAAGCGACUUACAAUAGCUGGUUGCAAUCUGCAACUUUACGUUUAAGUCCAACACACUAGCCCUUUAAGUUUAUUCUGUCUUUCAAUUGGCAACAUGUCAUCUAGUUUUCAGACUUUACUUGUAACUUCAUACAGUUGAUAAAAUAUUUAAAAAAAGAUACAAGAUGAUCAAGAAUUGUACAGCAAAAUACUAUAUCUGCUGGCAGGCUUUUACCCACUUAAAUAAUGUUGAAUUGGAAUAAUGAUUUAAAGUGCCCUAAGACAAUGGAUCAUGUGAUUUGACGCUAUACAAAUAAAAUUGAAUUGAAUUGAUUUGAUAAUCAACUCACCGAGGAGAAGAAUGUCUGAAAAGUAGAAACAAAUGUAAAAGCCAUUUAAAUGGGCAGUUUUGUCCAUUCAAGGUAAAUAACCAACAGCAAAUCACAGUGACUGCAAGAUUACAUGGAAAACUAAUGUAACCAUGUUAUUCAUUCAACUAAAAUAAAAAUGGAAGAAUAAAGUUGCAUCCCAAUUCA